UCAAGCAGCGGUGGGGACAGCAUUCUAAUGAUUGAGGAUAGUUAACCCGCGGGCGAUGGUGGGUGGGGCCAGUUUGUCUCUUCGGCUAAUUGGAGCACACUGCGUUCAGCGGAUUCUUUUUUCGUUUUGUCCUGCUGUUUGGGAAAUUAACUGCAACAACCUGCCACACCCUGAACCCCCAACAGCAUUUCAGCUGGAACUACAGUUAUCAAGACUAAUGUUGAUUCUUCGCUCCUGUGCUGUUACAACCGGCGCUUCCUGAAUAUAAAACCAAAUCGACUGUUUCGACAGCUAUCCUUACAGACAUCACACAAGCUGUCUGUCCUGUCACGGAUUUCCACUGCCUCGCAAUUCCUCCCAACACCCCUCUACUCCAUAAAGUUUGCAGCCUACCUCUUCCUUGGCAGUUCUCCUUUCCCGUUUGGUGAGCAAACAGGUUUAGAAAACCCUGAUGGAGCCAAGCUGUUGUCAUCCUACAAAAGAUUCUGGACUGAGGAGCUUUUGAAGAAACAUUCAAGCCCUACAUCAUGUUUUCCAUGUAUAAAGGGUGUCUGUUUAUAGGCACAAUUAUGGUUUGUGGAAUGUUGUACAUAUUUGGCAGUCUGGAUAACUACGAAUAUAUUAAAAACUUCUUCAGACCUUCCUCAUCCCGGAUAAAGAAUUACAGAAAUGUAUCAAAUAUAAUUGUAGAAUCUGGGAUUAUGUUUGUGGAGACAUCUGAUAAGGUUGAGCCAACACCAUUGACAGUGUGUUCAGUGGAGUCUGCUGCCUGGUUAAAUCCAGAAAAGCGUAUCUAUUUCUUCAUGAAGGAAUUCAGUGGCAAUUUAACACAGUAUCCACAACCUGACUAUGCUGGCAUCCCUUUGCUUUCCUCAAUUAGUAAUGUUGAUGUUCUACCCUUGAAUCCCACUGAACUGUUUGAAGACACUCCCCUGAUUGCCUGGUAUCAAAAGGUAAAUCCAAAUGCAGAAAGGUAUUGGACCCAUGUACUUGCUGAUGGCUGCAGGUUAGCAUUGCUCUGGAAAUAUGGUGGGAUCUACCUGGAUACUGACAUUAUAUCACUGAAGCCAUUACCAUUUGCUAACUUUACCUGCUUAGAAGAUGGAAGUUUCUUCAAUAAUGCAGCUUUAGGAUUUCAUUAUAUCCACCAUAAUUUUCUGUUGGACUGCAUGAAAGAUUUUGUUGCCAAUUAUAUUGGACAUGUUUGGGGCCAGCAAGGCCCAAGACUGAUAACACGUGUUUUGAAGCAAUGGUGUCAGUCCGAUAACCCAAGUGCCUUCACUGGAAAAGAAUGCAAUGGAAUCUCUUUAUGGGUCACAAGGCGGUUCUAUCCAAUCCCCUAUUCAAACUGGGGGAGCUACUAUAACCACUGGAAAAAGGAGGAUAUAGAGAGAUACUUCUCAGAUACUUACGGUGCUCACAUCUGGAACUAUAUGAAUUCCGGCAGAAAGAGAAAAGUAACUGCUGGAAGUGGAUCAUUACUUGAAUAUCUUUUUCAGAUGCAUUGUCCGACUACUUACAAAACUUUAGUUCAAUGAGUUGAAACUCCCGUAUAUCCUGAGGUUUUGGGGACUUGAGGUCACUAAAUGUACAGAUGAUCCAAAAUGGUGUUACAAUUUGGAAAAACAAGCUAUAAAUCCCACCGUCACUUUAUCAUUUGACUCGAUAACAUUUGCUCCAAUUGAGUUCCAUUGUAAAUGCUCGAUAAGGCAACACAAAGAUGGCCGUUUGCUCCAUAAGGAGCAUUAAAAAUGGCCAGAAUUUUCUCCUUCCUCAGAUGGUGAGAAGGGGAGAUAAUCAGGCCAAUUAAGAGGCACACCUUGAGGUGGGCGAGGUGACCAGUUACCUGAUUGGGGAACCAUAGCAACCGACCUGUGGGGUUCAUGGAGAGCCUUCCAUUACCUCACACUGGGGGCAAUGGAGGUGAGGCUGGGGACAUUUGAAGCUCAUCCCCCUGCCCUUGUCUCCAAAUCCCCUGACAACCGUCACCCAACAAUCCCUGCCAUUCCCAACCUUUGAUUGGUCACCAGCAUCUGGAAACACCAGGAUGCCAGUGUUGAGACCUGUGACAGGGUGUGAUCCCUGCCCACACAUGCUUAUUGGCUCUUCAUGAGCUGACUGGCACAGAAUAUGGAGAGUUAUCUUAUCAGGUGGGGUUAGCGUAUUAAUUGCCAGCAAACACACUCCUCCCAAUACUUCAGGAAAAUACGGAGAAAACUGCACCCGUAGUGUUAAGGUUCUCUUGUGGAAUGUAUGGUUUGAAUUCUAUCUUCAGGAGUUUGAUUUCAAAGCAUAUUGUUUGGGUUCCUCUUGUGGCAAUGCUUAUUUUGUUCAGUGUCAAUCCUACCUGGGAAUGCUUGAUGCCAACUAAUUCAAUCUUUUCCCUAGAGUUCAAAAGUAGGGGAUAUAAUUUUAAGGAGAGAGGAGAAAGAUUUAAAAAUGACCUGAAGGG